AUUUUUAUGCUACCACGGAUUAAUUCAACCGAUGCUGUCAAAGUUGCGCUAUGAAUGGAACUCCAGUACCUCUGAUAACUGGAUCCUCAGUUUACGUUACCUUAAACAUUACGGAGGAAUUAUUGCCUCAUCCAGUAAUGGAUCCUUAACCGCUUACCUGAUAGACCAGUUAAGUUCGACUCCAAUUAUCCUGAUACCCCAGGCUCAUGAAUCAAGUAUUAAUGCUUUAAUUACUAUAGAUGAACAUACAGUGGGUUCAUGUUCAACUGACGGAGUUAAGCUCUAUGACUUGAGAAGUUGCAAAAAUGUCGUAACUUUAUCUAACCCUAACAAUUCUACCUUCUUAUCAUUAGAUUACUCCAAUAAUUUGUUAGCUGGUGGUACGGAAUUGGUAGGUGUAGAUGCGGAGUUGCACGUGUGGGAUGUUAGAAACUCCAAUCAAGUGGUCAAGUCAUUUGUUGACUCUCAUCAUGAUGAUAUCACUACCAUACAAUUCCAUCCGACUCUCUCACAAUAUCUCAUGUCAGGAUCUACCGAUGGAUAUGUCAAUGUGUAUGACUUGACUCAACCCGAUGAGGAUGAAGCAUUGCAUCAAGUGAUUAACUACGAGUCUGUCCAUUCAUGCUACUUUACUAGAGAAAGACGUAUUGGUAUCUUAUCACAUAUGGAGACUCUCAGUUUCUAUGAGUUGAACGAUACCAAUUAUGAAGAGAAUGUUGAACCAGAGCCUACUGAUUUGGGAGACGUCCGCUUAGUAUGGCCUGACUGUGAGUAUGUAGUAGAUAUCAGACCAUACAAUGGUUACGUGGCAUAUGGAGCUAACUCCAAACUGAAGUUAUCUUUGUUACCAUUUAAUCCCGUCAAUGAAGCCUUUGACACCAACAAUGUGAUUGAUUUCCCAGGAGCUCAUGGCGAAGAAGUCGUAAGAGAUAUUUUGACAAUACCGAACAGUAAUUCUAUUGUUACAGGUGGGGAAGAUGGCAUAAUCCGACUUUGGGCCCUACCAGUCGAGUUCCCAAGCUAUGAGACUGGACAAGCACAACCAGUGCAACUUGAAGUUGCUAAGGAAGAGAAGGAAGAGAAGAAAGACAAGAAAGAGAAGAAGCACAAGCAUAAGCACAAAGAUAAACACAAGCAUAAGGACAAGAAGUCCAAACGGUUCAAGCCGUACUAGAUACUAUGUAUUAUAUACAAAAAC